AUGCCAUUGAGCACGUUCUUCUCUAUCCUUAUCAUUCUAUCCAUCACCAUCUCCUUCCGUGUUUUAUUCUACAUCUUGGCUAUGACUACCACUGCUGUCAUCUCCAACUCCUUCAGCGUUUUUCUCACCAAAUCAUCACUCUACAUAGACUACUGUAGUAACUUCUUCUCAUUGGCAAUUACUUUCCUCAUGUCUCUAAACAGAUGUUUCUGCUUUGUAUCCAAAAACUGGAAUUCGAAAAUAUUCGACGGAAAGAAUGUAAUUGUCCCGAUAGUUUUAAGUGCAGUUGUGUCAGUCAGUGGAGCGGUCAUCUGUAUCCUCACUUCGAGCAUCAUACGAGUGCUCUAUCCGGGAUUGGGUUACAUCGAUAUGGGGUCGGACACAGGGUUUAAAGUUCUUAUCAAUCGAAUAUUUUUCGUGUUUCCAAUGGGUUCUGUGAUCUGCUAUGUUGUGUUAUUCUAUGUCUUGAGGAAACAAAACCGACAAGUUCUCACAAAAACAUCCAAUCGAAGCAAAGGAGAGCAGAAAGUAUUUGUUCAGUUGUUAAUCACUACAGUCUUGUAUGGAAUCAUGUCAACUCUGUAUGAGGUGCUUAAUUUGGUCAACUGGUCGGAUACUGCGCUCCAACUGACUUUCAUUUCAGUAUUCAGUGUUCUAAAUUACCUCCCAGAGAUCUCAUUACCUCUCUUGUUGAUCUGUAACAGCGUCCAAAUCAGGAAGAAAGUGUCUUCGUGGAUUGCACCAAAGAGUGAUCGGACUAUUGUCACGGAGCAGGCAAAAACCACAACGACUACUCUUUGA